GGCAGCCGGGAGAAGACCUGGAGGUGCCAAGCAGCCCACAGCAUUCAUCCGGCUCCUUUCUAGUGGAACGCUGCCUCAAUCUGAAGAGAAAUCCAAGUUCUCUUUAUUUUUCUGGAGAAAGAGGCCUUUCCCAGGGGCCCAGGACCACUCAAGAGGACGAUGGAUUCUGGAGCUCGCCCAGUUGGUAGCAGCUGUAGCAGCCCUGCAGCGCUAUCACGAGAAUACAAACUAGUGAUGCUGGGUGCUGGUGGCGUUGGGAAGAGUGCCAUGACAAUGCAGUUCAUCAGUCACCGAUUCCCAGAAGAUCAUGACCCCACCAUUGAAGAUGCUUAUAAGAUCCGGAUCCGCAUUGAUGAUGAGCCUGCCAAUCUGGACAUUCUGGAUACAGCUGGACAGGCAGAGUUCACAGCCAUGCGGGAUCAGUAUAUGAGGGCAGGAGAAGGAUUUAUUAUCUGUUACUCGAUCACGGAUCGUCGAAGUUUCCAUGAAGUUCGAGAGUUUAAACAACUUAUUUACCGCGUGCGACGCACUGAUGACACACCAGUGGUUCUUGUGGGAAACAAGUCUGACUUGAAGCAGCUGAGACAGGUCUCCAAGGAAGAGGGAUUGUCUCUGGCACGAGAAUUCAGCUGUCCCUUUUUUGAGACUUCUGCUGCAUACCGUUACUACAUUGAUGAUGUUUUCCAUGCUCUUGUACGGGAGAUACGUAAGAAAGAAAAGGAGCUAGUGUUGGCCAUGGAGAAAAAGUCUAAACCCAAAAGCAGUGUGUGGAAGAGGCUGAAGUCACCAUUCAGGAAGAAGAAGGACUCUGUAACUUGAGGGAAGUGUGAAGGGUCUGCUGUGAACUGUGGUGCUGCUCGAGGCGGUCCAGUAAUCUGCAAUGAUGAGCAUGCUGUUUGCUCUCUCUCCCGCUAUUCUAAAUGUCACUGGUGAGGGGGACAUGUCCACUAGGAGUUUUCAAUGAUUCACUAUUUAAAGCCCUGUCUUAGUUGCCUCUGAUUUAUUAAUCCAUCAGAGCACUGUCUACUCCUUAAUUGUCACAUUAGAAUUUGGUCUGCCAUUGUUUUGGUUAUGUUGAUGUAAUUAAUUUGUGUAAAGUGUUUAUACCCAGGAGAAUAUGUAUUCCGUGUGCACUUGACUAAGUUUACAAAGGAACUUUGUGCUGUGUACUCCCCACCACCCUUCAACUUGAGCUUCCUGGUACUGUCUCACAGAGGGUCUCUGCCUUGUUUUCCACACUGUACAUCUUGGAGACAGAAUGAAAAUUGAAUAGGGAAACUAAUGCUAAAGGGAUUGGUGCUAAAGGUGGGUAGGUGACUGUGGAAUGGACUCCAGUUGUAGAUUGUGGAGUGAUGAGGUUUUGAGAGAUACUGCUGUAUGUCCACACAAGAAGACAUGGCUGGAAACAUACAGGGUCAGAGCACUGUUGCCUUGAUGAGUCUGACAAAUGCACAUUUGACCCAAAGGCACUGAGGUGGUGAAAGGGACAGCAGUGGGGACAGAGUGGCGGUGUCUGUGCCGCCCUUCCCUCCCCUUUCAGUGGCUUGUCUUUCUACCUUUGAAGGCUGGCACUUGGAGAACUGCUUUUGGGUCUGGGACCAUCACAAGAUCACUUGAUUCUUAUUUAAAUCCUUUGUUUGGGCUAGCCACGGUUGUUCACUGCUGUAAUCCUAGUAUCUUAAAGCUAAAGCAGGGGGACUGCUGGGAGGCUAGCCUGUGCCACAGAAGGAAAGCCUGUCUCAGAAAAACAAAACCAAAGCUAAUUAAAUAAAUUCUUUCUUAGGACAGCUACACCACAAGCCUUGUCCAGGUUUCUUUCCCCUUUAAAGAACUGGGCCUGCCCAGAUGGUUUUUAGGCCCUUCUUUAGACUGAUGGUAUUGUCCAAACGGAAGAGGCAUCAAGAGUCUGGGUAAAAUUGUUAGGGUUUGCCUUGACCUUAUCAGUCAUUAGACUCGGGGCUUGAAGGUCUGUGGUGUUUCUGUUUGAUGAGCCAUCUUGGAGCUUUAAUAUUCACGUAUGUACAGUGGCUUCAUCAUCUGAAGAUUUUCUCAGAAUCGUCAAAGCUCAGCCUUGAGAAUAACCACUUUGCCUCCCAUAUGUAUAUGGUUGAGCUACUACUAGUCUUGGAAGGAGCAGUUUUAACAGUUAGUGGUGAGCUCUCUGUCUGGGGGGUCAGGAUUAUUGUGCUGUCCAGGUGUGCUGUGUGGGGUCCAUUCAGAAGAGUCAUCAUCCCUGUAUGGAGUGUUCACUCUAGGCUCAGGUGACACCUCUUCAUCUGCCACUGAGCUCCCUGCUUCCCACUGUCAAAAGAAUGGCAGAUGAUCCAGAUUGCAUGAGGUGUCAUUGCUAGGACUUCUAAAAUUUUGGGUAGUUGUCAUUUGAAAAUCUUGGUAACUUUUGCUACAAUUCAAAAUGUGUUUUUAAUAUUCAAGGCAUCAAAAAAAUGAAAGACCCAAAUCCAAGUCUAUUCAAGUCAUAGCAUUUCAGAGAAACAACAGAAUAAGAGAUGAAAUACAACACCAAUUUCUUUUAACAGUAUCUCACCUGGAUAAGGACUUUCAGCUUCAGUACCUUCUCCACUUAUUACUGAUGAUCUGUGGGAUUGUCAUCAGUGUCAAGCAAGGAACUGACAGCUACAACGAUUCAAGAUUGUCAAGGCAAUAGGAAACACUGCCAGAAAGGAAGGCCUGCAAGACAGAGAGGUUAUGUUCUGUACAAAGAAAGCAGCAGCGAGUGUUUUUAAGGCUGUCCCUGUCAGACAUUGGAUCCUGAACUGGUCCCUUGAUUCCCAUUGAGCAUGUAAUUAUGGUGCUAGAUAGCUGCAAGAGCACAGUGGUGUGAGCUCCUCACCUCCUCAGCUAACUCACAAGCUUUGGGUCAUCAGUAUUGUCCAGCCUGAAGGCAUGAAAAUCAAGUAUUCUCUGGAACUUUGGAGAGAAGAUUCAGGGGUAAGUUGAAAGGCAAUGAAACUGUAUUGAAACAAAGUUAGUAAUUACAAGCCUCAGAAACUAGUGUCUAGAAUUAGCUGUUUAUGAUCAGUAGGGAGACAUGUUUUAACUUUGAUAUAUUAGAAAAGUGUUGCAUGUUACCUGGGACAUUCUUCACUGGUGCACUUGUAUAUGAAGGCAGUUUAUGCAGCACAAUAUAAGAUUUUUAAACAUG